UCAUGCAGCUCCUCCUCACCCCCAGACCUGGGCAGCUCCCAGUCCCAUUCAUCCUCAGCCCGGCCUCUCUCUCUACCUUGCCCGCCCCCAGCCUCACCCUCGGUUUGCUCCAAACUCCUCAUUUCCAGUCCUCCUUCCUGUUAGCCCUCAACCCUUCGGAACUGGCCUUCCUUCCUAGACCUUGCUUCCCCUUGCAGACCCCCAUCCCCGCCUGCAGUUGCAGCCCUCCAAGGCCCCUCCCCUGGAGCGCUGGAGGGCUCCUUUCCCCCCAUGGAUGGGUCUGGAAAGGGGAAAGCUGGGGUAAGACUUUGGAUAUGAAGAGAGCCUCCAGGCCUGCUGAAUCUGUGUGGGAUCUUGGAGGAUCUGGUUUGCCUGGGAAGAGAAGCCCAAGGGAUUCCAGACAAUUAGGGAUGGAAAGCAGCUUGGGAAGCUGGGAGGCGGGGGGGUGGUGCACAUGAGCCCAUCUUGAGUCCUAUGGACAUGUCAGGCUGGAUUCUAGAAUCCCAGGGAAUCUGGGAAAUUGCCCAGGUUGACCUGAGAGACCCAUAAGGAGGCUGUGUUGGAGCAGAGGGAGCUCUGUGGGGAACAGAGUUGAAAUUUGGGGCCACGGAGGGGUUCUGAAGCAGCGUCUGAAGGAAGGUCUGUGAGCGCUGGGAAGUUGGGCAACCCGGUGGAUCUUUAGGGGUUAGAUUGGCUGAGUAGGUUCCCAUUGAAUCCGAGGAGGAAAUCUAGGCUUUAGGGGAAGAGGAGUUGGGUGUUAGUAGCUUCUGAGAGAAAAGAGAGAGUUGGCAGUCAGGAAUCUGGGGAUCUGGGAGGUAAAUUUGGAGUGUUUCAGCUUGGGGAGAGCCGGGGAUGGAGCACAUUUGGAGAACAGGGGAAGAGUUGGGACCUGUCUCAGUUGUUCCACAGACAAGGAGCCCUGGUUUUCCGCCCUCGGCGUUGCUGACGCCCCCAAUGUCGUCGAGCAGCCGGGGGCCGGGGGCCGGAGCGCGCCGACGCCGAACCCGCUGCCGCCGCUGCCGGGCCUGUGUGCGAACUGAGUGCGGGGACUGCCACUUCUGCCGAGACAUGAAGAAAUUCGGGGGGCCCGGGCGCAUGAAGCAGUCGUGCCUGCUGCGGCAGUGCACUGCCCCCGUGCUCCCACACACAGCUGUAUGCCUCUUGUGUGGGGAGGCUGGGAAGGAGGACACAGUGGAGGGAGAGGAAGAGAAAUUUGGUUUGAGCCUCAUGGAGUGUACAAUCUGCAACGAGAUCGUCCACCCUGGCUGCCUGAAGAUGGGGAAGGCUGAGGGUGUCAUCAAUGCAGAGAUCCCCAACUGCUGGGAGUGCCCUCGCUGCACCCAGGAAGGCCGGACCAGCAAGGAUUCAGGUGAGGGACCAGGCCGCCGCAGGGCUGACAACGGCGAGGAGGGUGCCAGCCUGGGGAGUGGAUGGAAGCUGACGGAGGAGCCGCCGCUUCCACCACCUCCACCCAGGCGCAAAGGUCCCUUACCUGCUGGGCCCCCCUCAGAGGAUGUGCCUGGGCCCCCCAAAAGAAAGGAGAGGGAGGCAGGGAAUGAGCCCCCUACCCCAAGGAAAAAGGUGAAAGGAGGCCGAGAGAGGCACCUGAAGAAGGUGGGUGGAGACGCCUGCCUCCUCCGAGGAUCGGACCCAGGCGGCCCCGGCCUUCUGCCCCCCAGGGUUCUGAAUCCGAGCCAGGCUUUCUCGUCCUGCCACCCUGGGCUCCCUCCCGAGAACUGGGAGAAACCAAAGCCGCCUUUGGCCUCUGCUGAGGGCCCCGCGGUGCCUUCCCCGUCACCCCAGCGGGAGAAGCUCGAGCGCUUCAAGCGGAUGUGCCAGCUGCUGGAGCGGGUGCCCGACACGUCCUCGUCCUCCUCGGACUCCGACUCGGACUCCGACUCAUCAGGCACAUCGCUGAGUGAGGAUGAGGCUCCUGGCGAGGCCCGGAAUGGGCGACGGCCAGCCCGGGGCAGCUCGGGCGAGAAGGAGAACCGCGGGGGGCGGCGGGCUGUGCGCCCUGGCAGUGGGGGGCCCCUCCUCAGCUGGCCCCUGGGCCCCGCGCCCCCGCCCCGGCCCCCGCAGCUGGAGCGGCACGUGGUGCGGCCCCCGCCUCGAAGCCCCGAGCCCGACACGCUGCCUUUGGCUGCUGGAUCCGACCACCCCCUGCCCCGCGCCGCCUGGCUUCGUGUCUUCCAGCACCUCGGGCCCCGAGAGCUAUGCAUUUGCAUGCGAGUGUGCCGGACUUGGAGCCGCUGGUGCUACGACAAGCGUCUGUGGCCUCGAAUGGACCUGAGCCGGAGGAAGUCACUGACCCCGCCCAUGCUUAGUGGUGUGGUUCGCCGCCAGCCUCGAGCCCUGGACCUCAGCUGGACAGGUGUCUCCAAGAAGCAGCUGAUGUGGCUUCUGAACCGACUGCAAGGCCUGCAGGAGCUGGUGCUCUCUGGCUGCUCCUGGCUCUCUGUCUCUGCCCUGGGCUCAGCCCCACUGCCGGCCCUGCGGCUGCUGGACCUCCGCUGGAUCGAGGAUGUUAAAGACUCCCAGCUCCGCGAGCUGCUGCUGCCUCCGCCAGACACCAAACCAGGGCAAACGGAGAGCCGAGGACGGCUGCAGGGGGUAGCAGAGCUGCGCCUGGCCGGCCUAGAGCUGACGGACGCCUCCUUGCGGCUCCUGCUGCGCCACGCACCCCAGCUGAGCGCCCUGGACCUGAGCCACUGCGCCCACGUUGGGGAUCCCAGUGUCCACCUUCUCACGGCCCCCACCUCCCCGCUCCGAGAGACCCUGGUACACCUCAAUCUCGCCGGUUGUCACCGCCUCACGGACCACUGCCUCCCGCUGUUCCGCCGCUGCCCGCGCCUCCGCCGACUCGACCUGCGCUCCUGCCGCCAGCUCUCCCCGGAAGCUUGUGCCCGGCUGGCAGCCGCCGGGCCCCCUGGCCCCUUCCGCUGUCCAGAAGAGAAGCUGCUUCUCAAGGACAGCUAGUUGGGUGCCCCCCACCCUCCCCCAGGACUCAUCAGGAGCCUGGACCUCAGGCCUUCAUUUCACCCCUGCCAGGAGGCCAGGUCACCCACCUCAUGACUUGGUAUUCCUGAGUUUUACGACUUGGGGUUCCUGCCCAGGGACUCGAGCCAGCCUCCCCCACUCUCUACCCCCUGCACUGAUAUCUCUGGGGGUCUCUUCUUCCCAUCCUCUCCCCCUUCCACCUGCUUUAUCGUCCAUCCCCUGGGGGAAGCGGGUCAGAGGUACUGGGGGCCGCUGAGCCAAAGGGCUGGUGGGAGGGGGGUUGAGGUGCAGUUUGAGGGGGGGCGAAUGGGGAGAGUAUCUGCACACAAGAUGCUGGGAGCAGGGGGCUGGGGGAGGUGGAGGAUGGGCUGGGGGGGGUGGGGGGCGGGCAGAGAGCAGACCAUCAGGGGUUCAGGGAACAAAGACCAGAUACUUGGAGUUGGGGGGGUAGGGUGGGGGGGCCAAAAAGGGAAACCAGAGGAGCAAUUGGGGAUGCAGGUGUCAGAGAUGAGGGGAUUCGGGGGACCAGGGGAAAGCAACAGGGCUGAGUGAGGGGCGGGGGGCAAGAGCAGGUGCAGGGGGGCAGUAGUAGCCUCUCGGGCCACCCCUCUCCUUCCUCCUCCCCGGAUUUCAGUUCCUUCUCCCCAGCCCUGACUCCUUGAACGUCACUGACAAUGGCAGCUAUCUUGAGGAGUGGGGCCCGCGGGCCUACCCGCUGUUCAGCGCGCCCUGGGGAGUGGUGAGGGGUACCCCCGCCCCCUACCUGCCUCCCCGCACUAUACUUGAACAUUCAUCUGUACUGAAGUGUUACUUGAACCGGGGGAACCUCGGACCUGGGGGAGCCAGAGCUUAAGGGGACGGGACCAGCUUGGACUGAGACUGGACUGGUGGACCACCCAGUUCGGACUGGACCACCCCAGGCUCUCUUGCUUUACUGUAUUGAGCAGCUCCACCCCUCCUGACCCUGAGGUGGGGGUGGGGGGUGGUGGGCCAGCCCAGUGACGGGGAAGAUGGGACUCCUCCAGCUUGGCUCUUCCCACUCUUUCAUCGUCAUGGAACCUUGUAUCCCAUUUGCCCAGGGAACUGCCACUCCUGGUUGCCAUGGAAUUAGCAGCCAAUGGACACCUCCCAAAGCCAGUGCUAAGGCUGGAAAUGGCCCCUCUUAGUUGCCAUGGGAACUUAGUAGACUCUUGGCCCUCCCCUGCCCCUUCCUCUGCGGGGGCGGGACUUUGGGAGCCAGGGGCAGGGGCAGGGGCCAGGUCCCGCCCCUCAGCCUGGGUCUCCCUGGGGAGCCAGACUGGACCAUAUUGGGGAGGGGGGAAUAUCCACAUACCUCAGGUAACAGGGAGGUGCACGGGUUGGGGGGGAGGGACUGGGUGGACCAAAGGCCGGAGGGGAGGGGGUCCUGGGGAUUCACAGAAGGCUUGAGGAUGGGGCCGCUUGAGGGAGGGGGAGGAGGCAGCCCAGCGAGGGAUAAGCGGGGGACCCAGCCGGGCUGGGCCCCUGGGCCCCGGAUCUGUACAAUAUGGUUUGCUAUAAAACUCAAAAUCUUCCAGCCGGG